GAAAAGUACCGGUAGCUCUAUCGCAUCAAUAGCCUCAACAUGGCUCAAAGUAAGACUAAUGGAAAUGGAAUUACCAAGUUGGAGACAUACCUCCAAACCUUGCCGGAGCGCAAUAUGGAGCCUCUAUGGACCAAGAUGAAUGCCAUGGUCCCACCAAGGCCAAAUCCAAAAGCAGUACCUUAUAUCUGGAAAUAUUCAGAAAGUCUGCCUUUGCUAUCGCAGGCUGCGGAGAUAGUCCCAGCUGAAGAAGCAGAAAGAAGGGUGCUCAUGUUGGUGAAUCCAACAUUAGAAUCUCCGUACACCACAGAUACUAUAUAUGGUGGGCUCCAGAUCGUCAAGCCAGGGGAAAUCGCGCCGGCACAUCGACAUACCGCGUUCGCGGCGCGUUUUAUCAUUGAUGGAGAAGGUUUCACAGCCGUUGAGGGUAAGAAAAUGCCCCUGAGACGAGGCGACGUAGUUGUCACACCGUCAUGGCACUGGCACGACCAUGGGAAUGAAAGCGACGGUCCGAUCGUAUGGCUUGACGCGUUAAACCUCCCUUUGUUCCGAUACGCGCCAGUGAAUUAUGCUGAACAUUAUCGCGACAGCCGGUAUCCUAGCACUCAUUGCGAAGAAUGCGAAUGGCGUCAUCCCUGGAAGCAGGUCGAGGCGUCUCUACUCGCCCAGAAAGGACCAUACGUGAUACACCACUACACUAGCAAAGACCAACCAUUAUCCACCACAGUCGGCGCACAAGCAGAGCUUAUCGACGGGAAGCACAGUACAGAGUGGAUAGAGGAAAGUUGUUCAUUCAUAUAUCACUGUUUUGAAGGGGAGGGACACACGGAGAUAGAAACAUCAUCUGGGGCAAAGGAGAUUAUCUAUUGGGAAAGUAGAGACACGUUUGUCGUUCCUGCUGGGUCUAAGCUAAAGCAUGUCAACGUAGCAGACCGGACGGCAUUUCUAGUCGCCUUCACAGAUCGCCCCCUCCUACAGAACCUGGGCCUUAUGAAGCCCUUUUAAAAGCAAA